GAAGGAGGGAAGCCGGGAGCCUUUGCGCGUGCGCAGUUGGGAAAGGAGCAAUGUGGGUCGGCAACAUGAGGGGGCUUUAGGGGAAAAUGUCCGCCCUGAGGCUGCAGGGGGCGCUGCUGUGGGGGAGAGAGGGUCUAUGGAUUGGGUUAAGGAACUAUUCCUCAGCCAAGGUGAAAGAGGAAGCCAGGAAAAGAUGGGUGUUGGAACAGGCAGAACUACUGGAGGUGCUGGAGGCGAGAGUGAAGCAACUGCAGACAGACAGUGUUUCAGAACUAGUGACGGAGCAGGUCUCUCUCUCUCGGUCGGGGAAAGGCAGCUUCUUUCAAGCUGCCUCCCACCGGAAAGUGGCCGUGCCAAGCCCAGCUCGGAAUGAACCUGCCACGAAGAGCAAUGAAAGAGCCAGUUCCCAACCCAGCCGCUGGAUAGAAAAGCUGAACAAGGAGAAGUCGAUCAAACACAAGCGCCUCCUGAGAUUAGAGGCCAAACUUGAGAGAGUUUUUCCAGGCUCUGGGGCUAAACCCAUCCCCAAGCAGAGCAGAGUUGCUCAAGAGGCUGAGAAUAUUAAGGAAAGAACUGCAGAAGAGAGAUGUAAGGAAAGAACAAUGAAAUCGCAACCUCUUCAGAGCCCAAAAGGACGCCGUGGUGGCAAGAAGGUCAUCACGAUUGAAGGAUGUUCCGUUGCAGAAACUCCAGUCCCUUCUGAAGUUAACCAAGAGAUGGAAAAGCGCAUUCCGAUUUGGGAAGAUGCUAAGGAGAACCUGCCUCUGGAAGGGGAGGACGGGAACCAACAUGGGAACAUCCAACUCAGCAUUUUGUCUUAUCUGGAUACUUGUCUCUUCCUCCGCCAGCCUGAGAGAGCUCAGCAAUGUCUUAUGUUCUAUCACCGCUCCCACUUCCGAAGAAAGUUGCUAGAUAUCCGGAUGUACAAUAUUGUCAUGCAUGGAUUUGCCAAGAAGAAUGCCUUGGCUCAAGUAGGCUCACUUUUCCGUUUGUUGGAAGAGGCAGGACUGAAACCCAACCAGGACUCUUACAUUGCUGCACUGGGCUGCAUGGGACAAUCCAAUGUGGAUCCUUGUGUCAUCACUAGAUGUCUCCAGCAGCUCAAAGAAGAUGGAUUCCACCUGGAGGACCUCUUCCGAGACUCCGUGUAUGAGGAAAAUGAAGUGGAGAUGGCUGUGAAGGCCAUUCGGAAGGUCAUUCCAGAGUUCCAGCUCCUGCCACCUAAACAAGAACCUGAAAUCUGUAGUGUUUCCCUGCUCCGGGACUUCUACAAGAAGGAGAAGCCCAUCUCUUACCCAAAAUUGGAUUUCACAGCAAAAUACUUGCGUAAGCAGUUCCAGAAGCAGCUGGUGAUGGAGGCAUCUGACACAGUCACCAUCAACUCGGUGGAAGCGGACAAGCCCCUGACAGAGCGAACUGUCCAAGCGCGGGCGCUACUGGUCACACUUCGUUCACGUUGGAGGGCAUCUCUCCUCCAGAGCCUGCGAGAGUCCAAACUCCACUUGGACCUGAAGAAAACAGGGCAGCUGAACCUCUACCCCUUCCUUUGUGUGCUGAAAGACGAGGAAUACGUUGACAUCUUGAUGCGGAGCCUCUCUGCCCUCCCUCCUCAAGGGGAGUCUCUCCUGAUCUUGGCACGGGAACUGGGCACCAAGGUUUACAAUAAGUACAUCAUCCAGAAAAAAUCCAGGAGUCAUUUGGUGGAGAAGAUCAAGGACAUCUAUGAGAGUUAUGUCCAACUCCUUGCUAAGGACACUCAGCCGGAUCAUCUUCUGCCACGAGAAUAUUGGGAGAAGUUGGCAUUUGAAGCUGGAUGUGCCCCAUCCCUGGUGAGCAAGGAGUGUGCUUGGCCUAACUCGCUGCUGGUGCAACUUGGCCUCCACCUGGUGGAACUUCUGGUUCAGGUUUUGAAAAUGGAGAGCAACCUCUUGACCCCAGGACUGGAGCAGAAACUCAUCCCAGUCCUGUAUCAUGUGUAUUCUUUCCGCAGUGGCCGCCAGAUUGGGUUCAUUAGACCUCAUCCCAUCCUCACUCGUCUUCUCCUGGAGGCUGCUGAGACCACCCUCACCUUUGACUCCUUUGUCAUCCCCAUGUUGUGUCCGCCAGUGCCGUGGGUCUCCCCCCACUUUGGUGCCUACAUCUUCACCCCAACCAAGCUGAUGCGGUACAUGGAGGGGGCCAUCCAGCACCAGCUUCUGCUGAACCGAUGCCCCCCUGGCAAUCUCCACCCUGUCAUGGACGCCCUCAAUCAAUUGGGCAACUGUCCCUGGAAGGUCAAUGAAGCCAUCUUGGAUGUUGUCAUCUCCAUCUUCAAUGAGAAGGGCAAUGAGAAACUAGACAUCCCACCACCACCAUCAGAAGCUCCCCAGCCUGCCAGUCACUUCCCUGGAUCUGGAGGUCCCUUGACCAAGGCAGCUUUCAAGCGAGAGGUGGCCCGGUGCCGCAAGAAGGCAGUAGAAAUGUACAGCCUGCGGAUGGAUGCCCUCUACAAACUCUCCAUCGCUAAGCACAUGAAAGACCAGGUCUUCUGGUUCCCUCACAACAUGGACUUCCGUGGACGGACAUACCCUUGUCCGCCUCACUUCAAUCACCUGGGAAGUGAUCUCACACGGGCCAUCCUUCUUUUUGCGGAGGGGAAGCCACUUGGCCUCCAUGGCCUGGAUUGGCUGAAGAUCCACCUUAUCAACCUCACUGGACUGAAGAAGAGGAACUCCCUGAAGGAGAGGCUAGCCUAUGCCAAUGAGAUCAUGGCGGACAUCUUGGAUUCAGCAGACCAUCCACUGACGGGCAAGAAGUGGUGGAUGAAUACUGAUGAACCAUGGCAAGCUUUAGCCUGCUGCAUGGAGAUUGCCAGAGCUGUGAGAUCUCCAGACCCUGCUACAUACAUCUCUCAUUUCCCUGUUCAUCAGGAUGGUUCUUGCAAUGGACUACAGCAUUACGCUGCACUUGGCCGUGAUGUAGUUGGCGCUGCUUCAGUAAACCUUGCGCCAUGCGAUGUGCCUCAGGAUGUCUAUACUGUGGUAGCUCAGCAGGUAGAGGUGUUCCGAAAAAGGGAUGCUGAAGAUGGUGUCAAAAUCGCUCAGGUCCUAGAUGGCUUCAUCGGCCGCAAAGUGGUGAAGCAGACAGUGAUGACGGUGGUGUAUGGGGUGACGCGCUACGGAGGACGCCUCCAGAUCGAGAAACGCCUCAAGGAGAUUGACGAUUUCCCUCAGGAGUAUGUUUGGGAAGCAUCUCACUAUCUGGUCCAGCAGGUCUUCAACAGCCUGAAGGAGAUGUUCUCAGGAACACGAGAAAUCCAGGGCUGGCUGACAGAUUGUGCCCGGCUUAUAUCCAAAUCUGGACGGACAGUGGAGUGGGUGACUCCUUUGGGACUGCCUAUUGUUCAGCCUUACCAUCGUUCCAAAUCCAUCCUGGUGAAUAGUAGCAUGCAGACCGUCAAUCUGAAAUCACGCCAUGACAUCAGCCAGAAACCUGACACGGUGAAACAGAAGAACGCUUUCCCACCAAACUUCAUCCAUUCCUUGGACUCUACGCACAUGAUGCUGACUGCUUUGCACUGCCACAGGCGAGGGUUGACGUUCGUCUCGGUGCAUGAUUGUUACUGGACUCACGCGCUCACGGUCGAUGUCAUGAAUCAGGUUUGUCGUGACCAGUUUGUCGAGCUCCACAGUCAACCCAUCCUAGAUGACUUGUCUAAGUUCAUGCUGCAGAAAUACUGUACCUAUCUUCCGGUUGAGUGGAAGAGUAAAAAAUCUCUUGAGUAUCGAAGGCUCUUACAGCUGCUGUCUAAUGUCCCUGAGAAAGGUGACUUUGAUCUAGAGAAGGUGAAGGAAUCAACCUACUUCUUCAGCUGACCUUGGAGGAUGGUCCUUGGGCGUUCCUUCCUGACGCUCAAUCCAUCAGUGUCUUUGCUUGGGCUCAAACCAGACUGUGCUACUCUGGGGUGAAAGCAAAGAGGAGUCCUCACUCCAUCAGGACUCAGAGUUGCCCCAUUUAAUUUCCUCCUUCCUCCAUUUUCUCUCUGCAUCCCAGGUGGCAAUUUCUAGACCAACCAGAAGCACUACCCAUAGCAAGAGGAUGCCAAGUCUCCUGUGGGGAUGUGUGUGUGUGGGCAAAGAUUGGCAAAGUGAAGUCUUCAGAUGUUGGGCUGCAACUCCCAUCAACCCUAGCCAGCAUGGCUGGUGGUCAGAGCAAUAUCUGUCUAUACAGAUAUUGUAUAUUGUAUAUAUUGGAGUGGGGAAAAUACAAGGGUCUAGAUUUUGCUGGACGGCUGCUUCCUUGUGCCUUAGCUAUCAAAGCUAAGGGUGAGGGAUGCUGGGAGUUGCUGUCCAAGGACUUCUGGAAGGCUACAGUUUACUCAACCCUUCUACUACUAGCACAUCCUUUGUGACAUUGUUUGAACCAGGGCAGGUGUAAGGUGGGCUAGGUGCAAAGUAUGCAUGCCAGUGAAAGCCAUUGUGUUGUAUUGACCAUACAAAGAGCUGUUCUGUUAUAGGUCAGGACUUCUUAGAACCCCCACCCACCCAUCCAAUGUGAUCUGUACCCUAUUGCCUCUCUCAUACAGUGCCAGUGCUUGGAUUAUUGGGACCUGGGAGAGAAGUUGGGGCAACCCUUAGUCAAACACAUAAACUUUGUCCCUAGACUUUACCAAGGGUAGUGGACAGAGUGUGGUCUGUAGGCUGUAUGCACCCCUCAGGAAUUACAUUUCUCUCUGUAGACCCUAAAUGCCUUUGGGGGCAUGGCGGUCAUUUUCAUAAUGUGCUAAAGUGCCUCUGGGGUUUCCUUAUUUUUCAUUGCCCUCCCUUCCUGCAUUGCAGUAGGGCUUUCAAAAUUCUGCUUCCCUUUUGCCAGAUUCCUAGAGGAAUGAGACAGGAGCAGGUCUGUUUGGAUCACUUUUGGGUCCCAAGUCGGACCACAGUGGAGAACAGUCUUUCCUUCACAGCUUCAAAAAGUUCCGUUUUUUGAGACUGCAAUGUGAUGCAGGAACCAUUUGCAAAGGGCAGUAUUUUUUUGUGCGGGGAGAGAAGCAUAACACAAGCACACUACCUCUUCUGGCUUUAUGGCCUUGCCUUGAUUCCUCCCAUGUCAUUCUUUUGCUCUUCUGCUACCAGAGCAAACCACACGGGAGUAGUUUCUUCUUCCCUACCAUUGCUGUGUGCAGAUCGGGUCCUUUGGGAAUAUAGUUUAUCUCCUCCAGUUUUCCCUUUUUAAAGAAAACUUCUUUCCCCACCUUUUUUGUUAUCUAGCCUUUGUGGCAGAUGUGGAGAAUCUACAUCUUUAGAUAUGGUUGGACUCUGUUUCCACCAUGCCCAGAAAACACUGCUAAGGGUCAGACAGGAUAGGAGUUGUAGUCAAGCAGUAUCUAGUAGAGGGCUGCAGAUUUCCUCCACUCCUGAUUUUACAGGACGGUUAUGUUUUGGGCAGGAGGUGGCUGCCAUGUGUUUAAGAGCCACUACUGUAUUAAGCAACUGUAAAUAAAAUUAAUUGUUUGAAAA